AUGAUUAGUAUGCGGCAGCAAUCGUCAAGAGUCGGCCGGCAAUGGUCGACGGAUCUUCUCGGAUUGUCUAGCAGGCCCAUUCCAACUUCAAUGCAGCUUGGCUUUAGACAAUUGCGUCAUAUCCAACAAGCGACACCAACAAGUGUAUCUCAUACCUCAAAAUCUUCAAGAAACAGCCUUUCGGUCAAGGGGAUAGUUCGUCAAUCACAAAACGGACAAUCCGUCCAUCGUCGGGACCAAGCAUCCUCGCCACGCUCAUGUUCCAUCCCUACCAACCAUCUAAUCUCACGCCGAGUCACGUACAGCACUGCAUCCUCUAUAUCUACUGAGCCUGUAAUUCACCAUGUUUUCGAGCCCACAUCUGGAACAUGGCAGUAUCUCAUCGCCGAUCCGUCGACAUCAACUGCUGUCAUCAUCGAUCCAGUCUUGAACUAUGAUCCCGCCACUCAGGCUGUGACCACUCAGGCAGCCGACUCCUUGCUGUCUCUUAUCAAGGGAAAGGGCUAUAAGAUCGACAAGAUUCUCGAAACGCAUGCUCAUGCAGAUCAUUUGUCUGCAGCAUCUUAUCUCCAAAAACAUCUUGCCCAGGAUCAAGGUCAUAAACCACCCAUUUGCAUUGGCAAGCGCAUUGAACAAGUCCAAAAACUGUUCGCCGAAAGAUAUGGUGUCCCACAAGAGGAAUAUAAAGCCAUUUUCGACAGGCUUUUCGACGAUGACGAGACAUUUACUAUUGGGAACUUGAAAGGAAAGGCUAUUCAUCUACCUGGACACACCCCGGAUCAUCUUGGUUACAUGAUUGGAGAUAAUCUAUUCUGCGGCGAUUCUCUCUUCCAUGUGGACAUUGGCACUGCGCGCUGUGACUUCCCCGGUGGCGAUGCCAAUGACCUCUUUCGAUCGGGCCGCAAGCUUCUAAGCCUCCCUGACCACUUCAAAAUCUGGACAGGUCAUGAUUAUCCACCGGACGGACGUGACCCCGUUCCUUGGGUGAGUGUUCAGGGUCACAAGAAGCUGAACAAGCAUCUGAAAGAUGGUAUCAGCGAAGAGGAGUUUGUAACUUUGCGAAAGGAACGUGAUGCGGGAUUGGCAGCACCCAAGCUGCUUCACCAAUCCUUGCAGGUCAACAUUCGAGCAGGACACCUUCCUGCACCAACGAAAUUUGGUCAUCGGUUGCUUCACAUUCCAUUGAAGCUUACAGGGGAAGCAUGGUAA